UUACGUCACGUGACAUCCGUUGCGCGCUAACUCUUUCCCGUUGGAUUCGACCGAACCUUUGUGCUUGUUCUCUCUCACGGAGCUAAGGCCAUAUCGGCGACUUGCACUAUUAUUAAGAUCCAUCGAGUUUCAAUAAAAAAAAAUAUAAAUAGUAAAAAUGACUACCAAAGCCGAGCUUGCUUGCGUUUAUUCUGCUCUUAUUCUCGUCGACGAUGACAUCGCCGUAACGGGUGAGAAAAUACAAACAAUUUUAAAGGCUGCCAAUGUGGAUGUAGAAUCUUAUUGGCCUGGACUUUUCGCAAAGGCUUUGGAGGGUGUGAAUGUGAAAGAUCUUAUCACUAAAAUUGGGUCUGGCGUUGGUGCUGCACCUGCUGCCGGUGUCACUGCUGCUGCAGCUGCACCAGCCAGUACGGAAGCUGCCCCAGCUAAAGAAGAAAAGAAGAAGGAAGAACCAGAAGAAGAAUCGGAUGAGGACAUGGGUUUUGGAUUGUUCGAUUAAACUCAGGGAUCGCAUUAUGUUGGUCCAUUCCUCUUUUAUGUACAGUUAUAUUGUACAGUGAAUAAAACAUUUUAAAAAUUAAAAAUA